AUGUUGCGUCAGCUCCACGAAGGCAUGAUGGUGUGCAUCACGGACAACGGAGCUGUCUCAGAGGCAUUGACAGUUGCCAACGGAGUAAAACGGGACCGCGUUCUAGCGCCUUCCCUUUUUAGUCGCCUGUUCUCUGCCAUGCUGAUGAACGCCUACCGUGAGGAACGCCCUGGGAUCCGCAUCGCAUACAGGACAGACGGCCACCUCCUCAACCACAAGCGGAUGCACUUCCAGUCGCGUGUAUCCACAACCACCGUCCACGAGUUUCUUUUCGCCGACGACUGCGCCCUCAACACCACCUAG